UUCCCUCCUCCAUCCCUCCGCGGCGUCUGCGUCAGGCCCCCACUUGCGUGACGCGUGGGGUCUGGGUGGGAGCUGUCCACGAGCCCGGGGUGCUGAACGCAGCGGCGGCGGCGGCGCGCGGCGGCGGAGACAGAUGAGAGCUUUCGCCGCUCCAGGCACCUUGUUUCCAGUCCUCGGACGGUCAACUCACAGCCCACGCCACCUCCCUUCCAGCGCCACCCCUUUGGGAACUGAGCCAGAGGGGCAGCAGUCGCGCGGCGGGUGCUGAGCAACGGCGGAAGACCAGACAACACCUGGCAGAAGCCUAGGAUCGGAUUUGCUCCCUUUCGCCUUGUAUAAGAGAAUAUUUAUAUACGGUUUUGGGAAGUCGCGAGGACCGAGCCGGAACCAAGUGCUGGUUGCAUCCCACCUCGGCCACACUGUUUCGUUUCCUCCUCCCCACCUUCAACUGGCACCGCAAACAAGUCUUACCUCGUUGAAUCUGCGAGGAGAGGUAGCAACAGCGAGCCCAGCCAGCCAGAGGCGGCGGAGAGGAGGGAGUGGCGGGGCGGGGGCGCCGAGAGCCCUCCGAGGCCGCCCUUGGUGGGGAUAGCGGGGGCAGAGCUGCCGUGACGACCCGGCAGCCGCCCUGUUCCGCCCCCACCCACCCAGAAGCACCCUUUCCUGAUUGAGAACCGAAUUUUUAUUCUUCCACUAGUAUCGUUUCUUUUUUUAUUACCCCCCCCCAUUCUCACUCCCCAGCAGCCCCCACCCCCACGCCUGCCUCGCCUCUGGUUGCAUGGCAGCGGUGCCCCGGCGCGGGGGCUCAGGGCCAGCCCCCCGGGAAGGAGAAGGAGGAGGGGGAGGAUCAUGAAGCCUGGAGUCACGGCCGCGCUGGACGGCGAGCAGCAGCCAGAGGACGAGCCGGAGCAGCCCCCGCCCCGGAGACACCCGGACGCAGACCAGCAGUCGCCACCGUCCCCGCAGCAGUCCCGGCGGCCGCGGGAAGCCCCAGAGCCUGACCAGGAGGGCGACAACAGCCCAGCGGUGCAAGAGGAGGAGAACACGAGGUCACUCGCCCGCCCGGACCUGCCCUUCUCCCGAAGAGACCUUUGAUGGAGCCAAGGGGAGGGGGCCGCGGAUAUACUGACUGCCGCAGGGUUGGGCUGGGGGCUGAUGCCAUGUAACUUCUUCCUCCGUCCCUUCCUACACUCCUCUCUCCUCUACUCCUUUUCUCUGCACAACUGCGUUCUCCUACCACCCACCCCCAUCCAUACACACCCUUCCUCUAGCCAGGAUCUUAAAGCUCAGGAAGGAGGCGGCCCUGCAAGGGUUAAAAUACCUUCUUUAUUCCCCUUUCUUUCCUCUUCCCCAGUCCCUUAUUUCCCCACCUUAUUCUCCCAAUUGGCUUUCCCCUCUUCUGUGUAGCCCUUUGGCUGCAGAGGCAAAGCACAAGCCCCUUGUCCAAUUUCACCUGCAAUCUCUUCCGCCCAUCCUACUGCUCUUAAAAGCAACUCUGGUGCUUCUGGGGGUUCAUUGUCCCAGUUUUCUGCCCAGGAGAAUUAAAUCUUCUCACAACCUCUUCUACCCACCACCUUACCUGCCCCCUUCCCAACCAAUCUCUUUGCUACUUGAGGAAAAUAAUCUUUUCUCUUUUGAACAUGCAGUCCUCAAUUCUUCACUGAGCUAGUUUGCCCUAAGCCCAGCUCAGUCCACUCCAAAUUUGAUUUAUAAUCUUCCCCACCCAUUCAUAGAAAAGAAAAAGAGAUUUCCCACUGCCUAGUAAUUUGAGAGCAACCCAAUAAUCCUCUCCAGGGGAACUUUCUAACAAUUUAGACCUUCUCAUCUCAAGGCCUGAACAGCCCAUCCUCCUGCCCCUACUGGUGCCCCCAGGUCAAAGGCAGAAAGGAGGCACCCUGAGCACUGCCUGAGGUUGGAGAAGGAGUGGGGGUGGAGGACAAGAAAACCUUCUCUUUUAUUGCGCUUUCCAGGUGAAGUUCAGAAUCUGUGACUUGCAGUCCUCAGUCCUGGGGCAGUUUAUUUGCUACUUGGAGGGAGUAUAAGAGGCUCCAGUGAGAAGGCAGACUCCCCCCAUCACACAGAUACGCUCUGGAACCCCCCAAAACCAUCCUCUCUCCUGCAAAGACUCCAGCUGUCUCUCCUGGGCUCUCUGCUUCCACUGGGCACAUGCUGAUGCCCCUGAGCUGGCUGUUCUGGUGGUGCUGCUGCUGCUACUGCUGUGCCUGGUACCGCUGUGGACUGUGCACCCCGGCUCCCCAGAUGUUGCGCCACCAGGGUCUCCUCAAGUGCCGCUGCCGCAUGCUCUUCAAUGACCUGAAGGUUUUCCUACUACGGCGCCCCCCUCCAGCGCCCCUGCCCAUGCACGGUGACCCUCAGCCCCUUGGUUUGACAGCCAACAACAACACCCUUCCGGCUCUGGGUGCCGGGGGGUGGGCAGGCUGGAGGGGCCCUGGAGAAGGGGUGGGCAGGGAGACUCCUCCUCUGCCACCUCCACCACCUUUGCCGCCUUCUUCUGUGGACGAUGACUGGGGUGGCCCAGCCACAGAGCCACCUGCCUCGCUGCUCAGCAGUGCCUCCUCAGAUGACUUCUGUAAGGGGAAGGCUGAGGAUCGCUACUCGCUGGGCAGCAGCCUGGACAGUGGCAUGAGGACCCCGCUCUGCCGCAUUUGCUUCCAGGGGCCAGAACAGGGGGAGCUGCUGAGCCCGUGCCGCUGCGAUGGCUCCGUCAAGUGCACGCACCAGCCUUGCCUCAUCAAGUGGAUCAGUGAGCGGGGCUGCUGGAGCUGUGAGCUGUGCUACUACAAGUACCAUGUCAUCGCCAUAAGCACAAAGAACCCUCUGCAGUGGCAGGCCAUCUCUCUGACAGUCAUUGAGAAGGUUCAGAUCGCAGCCGCCAUCUUGGGUUCCCUCUUCCUCAUCGCCAGCAUCUCGUGGCUCAUCUGGUCGACCUUCAGUCCCUCGGCAAAGUGGCAGCGCCAAGACCUCCUCUUCCAGAUCUGCUACGGGAUGUAUGGCUUCAUGGACGUGGUGUGCAUAGGCCUCAUCAUCCACGAGGGACCCUCUGUGUACCGCAUCUUCAAACGGUGGCAGGCUGUCAACCAGCAGUGGAAAGUGCUGAACUAUGACAAGACAAAAGACCUGGAGGAUCAAAAGUCAGGAGGCAGGACAAACCCCCGGAACGCCUCAUCCACCCAGGCCCAGGCCCCCUCCUCAGGAGAGGAAGCUGCGGGCACCCCUGCCCCUGAGGAAGGCCCUGCCCGGGCAGCCAGCCACCCCUCAGGCCCUCUGUCCGAUCACCACUGUGCUUACACCAUCCUGCACAUCUUGAGUCACUUAAGAUCUCAUGAACAGCGGAGCCCCCAGGGCGGCAGCCGGGAGCUGGUCAUGAGGGUCACGACUGUGUGAGAGGAGAGACCUGGAAGGGAGGCCGUGACCAUGCAUAGGCGGGGAGGGUGGGAUGGCACGCCGGUCUGGGGAGCAGGUGUGGGGAGGCCAGGUGGCACCCAGGGGCCAGAGCAGAGGGCAGGCGGAGGGUGGGGGGGCCUUAAGGAGUCUGAGGGCAGAAAGAGCUGGAGAGAGUGAGGCUGGUGCCAUGAGCAACUUCGUGAGUUCCCAUCAGUCAAAACCGUUCUCCAACAAGAGCACUGAAAACCAAUACAAACUCAACAACGAAGUGCAAUACACACCGAACCUAACACAACACAAAGACAGAACCGCCCAGAUGUACCUGUGCACAAAAAUCACCUGGAAGAGGUGGAGGCUACCAGGGUGAAGCCGGCUGUCUCGUGGUGGUGCCUAUGUGUGCACAUGCAGAGGAAGCAAAAAUGCGAAGGGCGCAGGAAGGAAAAAAGCACGUGUCGGGUAGCCUGCCCGGUUUUACCCCGGAGUUUGUUCUGGUUUCUCCCUGGGCUGUGAUCCACUGGCAGGUGUGGGCAGGAGGAAUCACACAGAUGUUGCGGACACUGGGCUCACCCUGGUGGGCAGGAUCUCUAACUCCGAUGGCUUAGCAGCUCUGCGUGGAUGGUGCAGGGAGGGAGAUGUUGGUUUGAGCAGCCGGGGCGGGGGAUGGUUCUCCUCCCUUCCAGACCUUCCAAACUGAACUCCCAAUUUCAGGUGGGCUCAGAGAGGGCUUAGGUUUGGUGAUGGAUGUCUUUUUUGUGCUCUUGUUCCUUUAUUUUAUGGUGAUUGGCUCAAAGAUGUUUACAGGACACACACACACACACACACACACACGAGGAAAGUACAUAUUUCCCAUGGGUAUCUCAAGCACAGUCCUGCUGCUGUGGCUUCAACCUUCAAAGCUGUCAAUCCAGGAGCGACUUUCCCAACUAUCCAGACCCACUCAUGGCCAGGACACGCUCAGGGCCAUGCCUGCUCCUGCUUUGGUACGUGAUGAAGCCCAGGGACCCCACUGCCCAGGGUCUCCAGGGAGAGCUGCUGUAGUGAGUGGGAGGGAGUUGGCUGGAUGGGCCCCCGGGAGGGGAGUGGAGAGCAGCUGAAGUGUUCCUGGCAGCUGGGGACCCUCCCUGAGGGCGGUCUGGCUAAUCCCUCAGUGCUAGCCUCCCUGGGCCUUCCCAGGCAAUGAGGUGGCACCAGGAACCCUGGCAGGGAGCCCUGUCCCUUGAGCCUGCCUGCUGGUUCCCGGGACCCUGCCAGGGAAAGCCACUGGAUGGUCACCUGCAAAGUUUCUUGUUGUCAUUGCACAAUGGCUGCGUCAUCCAUGGGUAUUCAAGGGACACUGUCAAGUACUUUUUUAAACUAGUUUUUAGGGUUUUUAAAAACUCUCUGUUGUUUGUAUUAUUCUCUUGAAAGCUUGAAAAUAAAAUUUCUUUCCCUACCACUAGUGUCCUUUUCCAUAUGUGAGUUUUCCUCCCUCUGUCCUGUUUUCCUUCUGUAGUAUAACCCUGCCUUUCCUCUCCCUUGUGUCUGCUGCACCCCUACCUCUCCUCCAUAGAAAGCGAUCAAGGGUGUUUUCAUUUCUCCCUUGAGGGUCCUUAGGGGGCAGGGCAAGUCUGCAUGUGUGUGUGUGUGU